ACUCUCCCCCCCUCCCCCCGCUAGCCUUCCUCCUCCUGCACACCAGCCUCUCUUUUCUGCCUCAGUCACUUCCUUCCUCAGCUUCUUCCUCCCCAGUGCGUUGAAGAAGAUAACCAGCCCGCACCGACGCAGCCCCAGUUUUCUCGGAAAAGAAAAGGAGGCGGAGAGGCAGCAAUGAAUGUGGAUCAUGAAGUUAACCUCUUAGUGGAGGAAAUUCAUCGUCUGGGUUCAAGAAAUGCUGAUGGAAAAUUAAGUGUGAAAUUUGGGGUCCUCUUCCGAGAUGACAAAUGUGCCAAUCUCUUUGAAGCACUGGUAGGAACUCUCAAAGCUGCAAAAAGAAGGAAGAUGAUUACGUACCCAGGAGAGCUACUUUUGCAAGGUGUUCAUGAUGAUGUGGACAUUAUAUUGCUGCAAGAUUAAUGUGGCUUGCAUAGCUUUGCUUAUUGUGGGUUUUUUUGUUUCUGGUAAACUGGAAUAUUACAUCAAAGGACAAACGUAUUAGCAUAACUUAAUGUAUUUUUAUAGAACUUUAUAAACAAAAGGAGACUCAUUUUAGAAGCCUGUCCUUUUUUAUAUCUUGAAAGUAAAUUUAUGUAUUACACUGUAAAAUAAAUAAAACCUAUUAUUUUUUCUCAGGAAUCUGGCUGGAAAAUGUAGACAAUGAGGCUUUUUUUGGUAGGGAUGCAAGAGUGUUUGUUUCAUAAAUCAUUCUUAGAUAAUUUCUACAGAUAUUUGACAUUCUAUGAAAUCAAGAAGCAAACUUGAAGACCAGCUCCCACAAUGAAUGUAAUGUUUAUGUAAUAAAAACAUGUAACUCUCUUCAAA